GCGAGGCUGCGGGAGCGUCUCGCGGGGAAGAGAUUCACACGUGUCUUUGGUGGGUGGGUGGGGGGCUCUUCCCGUGGAAAGGGAGGCGCGGAGGAGGGUCCCAUGUUCCCCAGCCACCCGGGUCCCAUGUUCCCCAGCCACCUUCUCCAUGCAGUGGGGAAGCGGAGCUCUAGAGCAGCAGCAGCAGCAGAAGAAGAAGAACCGGGGAUUCCAGGAAGGGGGCGGGGAUCUGGGGAAUUCCUUUCCGGCCCUACUCGGGGUGUGGGGGGGAAACCUCCGCUCUGCGCUUGGCUGACCCGGUUGGGCUGCUGACAGGUUGUGUGAACCUGCCUGCGUGUCAAGAAAGCGACACGGAUCUCCAAAGGUCACCCAGAAGAAGGAAAAGGAGGCAUCUCCAGCCAGGGUCGUUUCCUGCUUUUCCUUGGAUGGGAACUGAGCUUUCAUGAUAUACAAACUGGAAGCCAUUUGGUAACGUCUUCCCAUAGAGACGAAAAUCAUCUCCUGGGUUAAGGAGGCUUGCCAAGGCCGGUCCUGGGACAUUAGAAACGAUCCUAUGAAUGAAUGAAAAGGCUUUUGGAGAUCCACACGAUUGCUUGGACCCAAUUGGAGUUGCCUUACAGGGUCAGAGACAGAAUGGAGACGCAACUUUUAGCGAGUGAAGCAACUGGCAAAGGCGACGGGGAGACCCGGACAGGAGCUGGGCAGAAGAUCCUGGAAGAGGAAUCCAUCAUCUCUUCAGAAGUUCAGUCCCGCAACUUCAGGAGCCUCCAAUACCAGGCGGCGGAGGGUCCCCGAGGACUUUGUGGCCGACUCCAUGACUUUUGUAGGCGAUGGCUGAGACCCGAAAAGCACACCAAAGCCCAGAUGCUGGACCUGGUUGUUCUGGAGCAGCUCCUGGCCCUUCUGCCCCCAGAGAUGGAGAGCUGGGUGCGGGAGUGUGGAGCAGACACCAGCUCCCAGGCGGUGGCCCUGGUGGAAGGCCUUCUCCUGAGCCAGGCAGACGAGCAGAAGGAGCAAACUGAGUUGCAGUCCUUUCCUGUGGAGGAGAUUAGCGAUCUUGAGGGAAGGAUGAGUCUACCAGAUCCCUCUCAGGAGCUGUUUUUCGGGAGGAUCUCUCCGGAAGAUCCAAGUCAGGAUGCCUCAGAAGAGAAACAUAGAAUGAAGUUUUCUGGUCUUUCUGGUAGAGCUGAAAUGCUGAUUGAAUCUCCAAAUCAAGUAAGAGGAGCAAAUUCAUUUAUUAAUUUGUAUUCUCCUUUCAAACUGGAACACGUAGCUCUCUUCCUGUCCAUUUUUCUCCCGUUUUCCUUUGGAUAUGUGACUGAGCAACAUAGAACGGCCAAUAGAAGAUUCAAACUUCUCUCAGUUAUCUUAGCUUCUCUAACGUACAUUGUUGGGGCAAAAUUGUUUGCAAUAUUACCUUGAGAUUCUUAAUGGAUGUUUUUAAGAUCAGGACUUAACUCCAUUUGCUUGUUAUUCUUCCUACUAUUAAUAGACAAUUACUAUUUUUUAAAAAAACUCAUUCAAGAGUUAGGAAUAACAUUGUUACUCGUUGCAAUCCCAAAGAUGCUUGUUCUUCAUUUCAAGAAGUUCUUGGAUAGUUACUUUGUAACGGAAGAAGAAUAGAGAAAAAUAAGAAAUGAUAUUAAUAAAUGUUUAUUGAAUAUGUUAAGGAAAAAGGUAAUGGGGAGACUCCCGAAGUGUUAACUAUGUACUCAGAUUAGAAAUAUGGAAUAUAGUAAUUGA